AUGUCCUCGACGCAGAUCCAGCAAGCAAGCGAAUACCCUCGCCCAGACUUUGUGAGCUUACCUCUCCACUGGGAAAGUCUAAACGGACCAUGGGACCUCUACUUCGACGACGCAGACUCAGGUCUGACUCAAGGCCUACAUUUCACCGGACUCUCUUCCCUGGACAACCCUCAGAAGCGAACUAUUCAGGUCCCUUUCGUAUUCCAAUGCCCAGCUUCCGGCAUCAACGAACAGACUGUGCACGAAGUACUUUGGUACGAACGACAGAUUCACGACCUCAGAGACCCCGCAGAGAGGGAAAGUGGGCACAAAUUACUGGUACGGUUCGGAGCGAUCGAUUAUCAUGCUACUAUCUGGCUAGAUGGUCAUUACGUGGGCGAGCAUAGAGGUGGUCAGACACCUUUCGACCUCGACUUGUCAGAUGCUGUCUUCCUAUCCAGCAGCAAAGAUUCAUAUAGACUCACAGUCAGAGUCUUCGAUUCGGCUACCGAUCUCACGCAACCCAGAGGCAAACAGUACUGGGGUCCCAAGCCGGAGAGUAUCUUCUACACGCCUUCCAGCGGCAUCUGGCAGAAUGUGUGGCUCGAGAGUGUGCCGAGAUAUCGUAUAGCUGAUAGCAGCCACGGUACCAUCAUGCUCUCCAAUGAUAUCGGAAAAGGUGCCUUGGAUGCGAAGAUUGCUGUUCUGGGGAGACGGGUGAAGGAGAAUGUAGCUAUCGAGCUCGAAGUCAGUCUGGGAGGCGUGCUGGUGAGCAAAUCUGACCACGAGUCAUUGCCUGACAAUGAAGAUUUCGUGCGCUUUGAUCUCGAUAUGCGACUCAGUGAAGCGGUGGUCAGGCGCCUACCACCAGAGCUUCGACAUGAAAUUCCACCGGACGAUCCAACUUGCUGGCAUGACAGGGUGGCGCUGUGGUCUCCAAAUCAUCCUACGCUCUACGAGAUAGUCAUCCGCCUCUACAACACAGAGUCUGAUACGGUCGUAGAUGAAGUCCAUACAACAACAGGUAUGCGCGCCCUGUCCUGGACCAAAGGAGACAACACGUUCCGCCUGAACGGGGCUCCACUCUUCCAAUCCCUAUUUCUCGAUCAAGGAUAUUGGCAAAACACUCUCAUGACGCCCCCAUCUCAAGAAGCGCUAAAGCAGGAUAUCAUCCUCAGUAAAGCCAUGGGUUUCAAUGGUUGUAGGAAACACCAAAAAGUCGAGGACCCAGCAUUCAUGUAUUGGGCGGAUAGACUGGGUUUCCUCGUGUGGGGCGAGAUGGCGAAUGAAUUCGGGUUCAGUGUGCUAGGUUGUGAGAGGUUUGAGCAAGAGUGGAUGGAAUCUGUACGUCGAGACAUUAAUCAUCCAUGUAUCGUGACCUGGACGCCUGUGAAUGAGAGCUGGGGCUACGAUAAUCUUGAUGGCGAUGCGAGACAGAGGGAUCAUAUCAGGAGUCUGUACUACCAAACCAAGAUGCUUGAUCCGACUAGACCGGUGAACGAUAAUUGUGGGUGGGAGCAUGUGGUCACGGAUCUGAGCACGUUUCAUGAGUAUCAGGAUGCCCCGGGGAUGGCGAAUCGGUGUAAGGAUAUGCACUCUAUCCUCGCCACCGGUCGAGCAAUGUUCCUAGGUCCGAUCUAUGGGUCAGAUGGGCCAGCGCGACGCUGGCUCGCAGCACAGUUUGGUGGUGUAAAUGUUGCCGUCAAGAACGAUGAUUCGAGGCAAGGGAACUGGGGAUAUACCACUGCAGCGGAUAGCAAGGAUUUGUUGGAGAGAUUCGACAAACUCAUGGUGGCGACUGUGGAGGCAGGCCAUGUUUGCGGGAUCGUCUGGACCCAGUUCAGUGAUAUUGAGCAGGAGGCGAAUGGGCUGUAUACUUAUGAUCGGAAGCCGAAAAUUGAUCCUGAAGGAGCGAGGAGGGUGGUGGAGAGGGUGGAGAGGAUGUAUCAUGAGAAAUUGAAGCAUGGGAGAUGA